CGUGAUAUUGCAGCAGCACUCACAACAAUUAAAACACAAGAAUUUACAGGUAAUAAGUAUUCAAUUAGGCAUAUUAAUUAAAAAUAUAUUUUGAGGUAAGGUUGUAGAUAAAUAAUAUAAUAUCUAAAUUUUCAAAUCAAAAUCUACAUUACUGGAUCUGAGUGCAGUACAUACAGGACUGGCCUAGGCGGCCUACAUGUUGCAUGAACAAAGCAUCCACUAUUCCAUUGUAGAAAUGUGACCUCUAAAUCCACUCAGUAUUUAAUGUUAUAGUGUAUAGGCUACAGCCGAUCCAAAUUGUUCAAACUAGGGGGUGUGGGCGCACAACAUCUCCAGAAUAGAUAAGUGAGUAUAGCGCUAAUUUCAAUAUAUGCAUUGAAAUUUUAACAUUUAGUGGCACUGAAGGGACAUGUGCCCCCCAUGCACCCUAAUUAGUUUGUAGUAGAGGGCCUGUUUCUGCUGAAAAUACAGUAAUCAAUUACAUAUUCCUUAUUUGUUGUUUAGACAGGACCUGCGUUUGUUACUGCAUUUUUCCAAAGUUGGUUAUUGACCGGCCAUUGUGGUAGAAAGGACAUUGCUAUUAUAACCUACAAAUAGUAAAUAAGUACUUUCUUUCGGAUACUGUUCUACACUUAUUUAACAGUGACACUGACAUACUUCAUUAUUGUGAAGAACUUUGACUAAUUACCAGUGGCGACAUUGAGGGAAAUUGACCUAUUCAUCAGGGACAUAAGUCAGGCCCUCAUCCCUCAUAGUCAACUAUGUCAAUUGAGCAAAUUCUGGCACCAUCACCACUACCAUACUCAGAGGGAGCAAAGGGUGCUACAGUAGGGACCACAAUGUACUGUUUGUCAACCCAUGACCAGUGAAAUGACAUAAUAUUUACAUUAAUUAAUCAUUUACAGGACUACAAGAUGGCUACAAGUAAACUUAGUCAGUUUCUGGAAGAUGUUGACGAGAAAGUCUUAGAGUGUGCCAUAUGCUUUACAAGACUUCAAAACCCCAAAUCCCUCAACUGCCUCCAUAGUUUUUGUUUGUCUUGUCUUGAGGACUGGGUUAAGGAGAAGGGUACGUUGACUUGUCCAACUUGCUCAAAAUCAUAUCCCAUUCCAGAGGGCGGACUUCAGAAGCUUCCACCAAACACUUUCCUGAAUGACAUAUUAGAAACUUUUCACCAAUAUUUUACAACAGAAAAUCAGAUCAUGAAAUGCAUUUGUGGAAAAACAGAAGAAAACUACUGCCAGGAUUGCAGACAUUACUUGUGCUCUUCUUGUAGUGACUAUCAUAAAUUAUUGCCAAUGUCAGCAAAUCAUAAGCUACAUACAGUGGAGGAUGUACUCUCAAUGACUCCACAGGACUUUGCUUUGUUAAAUCCUCCGUUGUGUUCACUUCACUCUAAACCUUUGGAGUUGUACUGCCAAGAUUGUAAAACUCCAAUAUGCAUGCAUUGCACAUUUAUAAACCACAAAGUGUGGGAAGGGAAACAUAAACCAAUCAGCAUAUCAGAUGCAUUCCAAACAUUUAAGAAAACUUCAGCAACAUUGGAGGAAGUUGCACAUCACUAUGAAAACAAGUUACAAGAUGGCCUCAAAGCAGUUAUUCAAACAUCUGUGAAAUUAGAAGAAAAUAGAGUGACAAGUUUGCAAGAUAUUGGCAGUCUUGUGCAGGAAAUGAUUAAAACAAUCACGAAUAAAGGAGAUGAAAUGAAAAAUAAUGUAGAGAUAAUCUACAUACAGAAAAGGCAAGAAAUUGAUGUACAAAUAGAUGAACUGAAAAAAAUAAUAUCUGAAGUAAAUACAAAAUUGAGUUUUCUUAAACAGUUGUUAAACAGUGAUGAAGCAACAGCAAUGCAAUCAAGUGAAACAGUAAUUAAAGCACUGGAGGACAGACUCAAUGAAAUGCCUAAGACAGAGCCAACUGAUAAUGGACAAAUUUUAUUUUUUGCAAACAAACACCACAUUACUUUUCUGCAGCAAUAUGACAUAGGAAAUGUAACACAAACAAUGACAGAUGGUCUGACAUUAAAGGGAGCGGAAUCUGUGACCCAAGGUCAAGUAAUUGUUGCCAAAAUAAUAAAAACAGAUAGAUGUAAUAUAGAUGCAAAUCAACUGAAGGCAACAUGGACACAUCCUACAGGGGAAACCAACACCACUGAAGUUGAUGAAGAUGACAAUAGAGAUUAUGUUGUGACAGGAAAAUGUGUAAGUCCAGGUGUUUGUAGACUAGAUGUGAGUGUUGAUGGUGAACCAAUUAAGCAGUCACCAAUGAUAAUCAAAGUAGAACAAGAAGGAUUAGUAAAUACUAUUAAAUUAGACAAAGACAUGGAAUACUAUGACUUUGUUAAGUGUGAAGAUGGAUCGCUGCUAGUUUCAUGUAUGACAAAUACAAUGUACAAGUACAAGCAAUCUGGAGAAUAUAUUGAUAAGAUUACUUUAACAAAAGGUGUGGAAAUAUUUGCAAUGUACACAAUGAAGAAUGGUAACAUAGCAGUCAGUGAUGAUGCUAACAAAUGCAUCAAAAUAGUUAAGAUGAAUGGUGAGGUGAUCAAAUCAAUUGGUCAGGGAAUACUGGGAGAUCCAGCUGCGAUCCACAUGGAUGAGGCAUCAAAUGUUUUGUACGUUGCAGAUUAUACUAAUGAAUGUUUGUUUAUGUUUGACAUUGAUAGUAGCCAGAUGAUCAGAAAGAUUAUGUUACCAGGCAAUAUAAACGGAGACAUUAAUAUUUCACUUACAAAUCAAGAACAUAUACUUGCAUUAGUGGGUAAUCCUAAAAAGUCUUGCAAAAAUAGAUUGUAUCAAUAUGAUAGUGAAGGAAGGUUAAUAAGACUGCUUAUCAAAGGUGAUGAGCAUGAUAUUCUGGAUUUUCAAGGAGUAGUAGUUGAUGAGGAUGACAACAUAAUUGUAUUAAGUGAUCAAAAACUUCAGCUUUUCAGUAGCGAUGGAAAUUUUAUCAAAAGAAUUGAUAAACCAGAAAAUGGAAUCACCGAUCCAGGUGGAGUAUGCUUAAUUUCACAACAUCCACGGAGAGUUGCAGUAGCAAAUGAUGGCGAUAAAACUAUAAAAAUUUAUAAUUACUGAAGUCUCUGUCCUCACUUUUUUAUAUGCAGAAAACUUUAAACUGAAGGAAUGGUAAUGGUUAAAAACUAACAUAUACUGUAUCACUGUAUUAAUACAUUGGUCUCUCUGUCAGUCAUGCUUAUAUAAUUCCUUUUUAAAUUGUAGGCCUUUGUGUAACACAUAGGUUAACUUAAAUUGCAGAAUCUACUACAAAAUAAAAAGAAAUUCACUUGACAGCAACAUGACCAACUAUCACCAGAUGUCUACGACCUAUGUAACCAUUGGUUAUUCAAGUGGAAAUGUUACAGACUUUUUAAUGUCCUCUAAUCUAAAAUGAUAGUAUUGCAUUUUUGGCACAUUUCCAGAGUCCACUCACUUGCACGGUUAGGCAACUGCAUCUAGAUUAUAUCAAAAUAGAUAUUUAAUAAUCCACUAUUACCAUUGACACUAGAUUAUGCCAGUGUUAGAUGGAGGGUGUAAUGAAGUUUUUGUGUAUUGCUUUUAUAUUUAUACAAUAAUUUUUUUAAUCAUUAGGGCACAAUAAAGCCUGGUUUCCAUAGAAUCGCUACAUAGUCGCUAUAGUGUUUUCACUUAUCUUUGUAUAUUUUGUAUUACAAAUUUUAAAAAUGUAAAAAUUAUCACUGAUUCAGGUUUGCUAAACAUAAAAUAAAUAUUUACUGCAUAAUAUAAAAUAUUUUAACUUUUUUUAAAACUAAACAAAAUAUUAAUUUUGUUAAAAAAUAAUUAUAAACGCUUUAUUUUGUUAAAACAUACUUUGCCCUACAGAAAUACCAUGUUAAUUUUAGAAAUUUGAAGAAGCAAAAAUGUAUAAUAAUAUUAUUAAUAGUCAAGUUAGCCAAUAAGAUUUUCCUAGAAUUAAUAUGCAACUUACAGUACAUUGACUUCACUAUUCAUCUUCUAGUUAGAAAUAUAAUUUAUAUAAACUUUGAGUAAUACAAUUUUUAGUAUAUCAUAUUUGUCUUAUUGUGUAU